AUGAGUUGCGUGCCAUGGAAAGGUGACAAGACCAAAUCAGAAUCACCAGAGCCACCCCAGCUACCACCACUGCAUAUUUACCAUGAGAAGCAGCGUAGGGAGCUGUGUGCCCUCCAUGCCCUCAACAAUGUCUUCCAGGACAGCAAUGCCUUCACUAGGGAAACCCUGCAGGAGAUUUUUCAGAGGCUGUCUCCCAACACCAUGGUGACGCCCCACAAGAAGAGCAUGCUGGGAAACGGAAACUAUGAUGUGAACGUGAUUAUGGCAGCGCUUCAGACCAAAGGCUAUGAGGCAGUUUGGUGGGACAAGCGCAGGGAUGUUAAUCUCAUUGCCCUGUCUAACGUGAUGGGCUUCAUCAUGAAUCUGCCCUCUAGCCUUUGCUGGGGCCCCUUGAAGCUCCCCCUCAAGCGACAGCACUGGAUCUGCGUCCGGGAGGUGGGAGGCACCUACUACAACCUCGACUCCAAACUCAAGGUGCCCGAGUGGAUUGGAGGUGAAAGUGAGCUCAGGAAAUUUUUGAAACACCAGCUGAGAGGAAAGAACUGUGAACUCCUGCUGGUGGUGCCAGAGGAGGUGGAAGCACAUCAGACCUGGAGAGCUGACGUGUGACCUGGACUGACUGUCUUCCCACUACAGCUCUUCCCCUUUACUGAACUCCCGAUGUCCUGAAACCUGGAUGAUGGGUGCCCUGACUCUUCUCAUCUGGAACUUCCUUUGUUAGGCUUUUCUCUUCCUUUCUUGGUGCAAUAGGGCAAUGGCAUAGGACAUGGAGGCGGGGGCGUAAAGAAUUGAGGGCAGAGUGGAGGAAACUGGAAGCCAAUCACUUUAAUUGCAAAGGCGGAUGAGCAGCGUGCCCUUCAGCUAUCCGGAGGGUGUUGCGCUCUUUAAAACUGGGCUUUGGGGCUGAGGUGUCUGGAAGCCUCUGGCCUCCCUUUCCCCACAUUGGCCAAGGCCACGUGUAGGUGGGACACUGCUCUCUCCGAGGCUUGCCGGGGAAGAGCAGGGCCCAAGCACGCUGCCGCCUUUUCACAAGUCUCGCCCUCCAAAACAAGUCGUCUUGAAGACAUUUGCAAUUCCUAAGGGUCUCUCAGGACACUCUCAAACACUAGGAAUGGUACGGUGCUCAGCACAACCCUCUG